GGAAAAAAGUAAACUUUGCAGAAUUGUUUGUUCUCCUUCGGCAUCUCUCUCUCUCUUUCUUCUCCGUUGAUCGGAAAGCAAUUACCAGAAAUGGCACGAGCCGGAGGAAUAACAAAUGCGGUGAAUGUAGGCAUAGCAGUACAAGCAGAUUGGGAGAAUCGUGAAUUCAUAUCUCACAUCUCCCUCAACGUCCGUAAACUCUUCGAUUUCCUCGUCCAAUUCGAGGCGACGACGAAGAGUAAAUUGGCGACACUGAAUGAGAAGCUUGAUACACUGGAACGUCGUUUGGAACUACUUGAAGUCCAAGUCAGUACAGCAACUGCUAAUCCAGCUCUGUUUAAUGUUUGAAAUGAUGCAGCAUUGUACUAAUAUUCUCUAGCUGUAAGCUACUUUAAUUCUGUAUUAUAAAUAGAUUGCUUUGUUUUGGAGAUCAUAUCUGUGAAAAGUCCUUGUUUUAUGAAAAUCUCAAUCAAAUGU